AUGAGUCUAGCAAAAGCCAAAUCAAAUGGACGUCCAUUGACAGCUUCAAAACCAUUUCAGCCUCCAGAUUUGACCAGCAUCACGUUUCGUCCGUUUACGCUUGGCGAUAGUCAUGGUACAAACGAUUCCUUAGACCAGAUACCAUUGGAUCCUCUCGAUUAUUCAAACAGUACUCAUUUACACAAACUAAAAUCAACUACAGCUCGAUCUCGUCAUGCUGGCAUAAAAAGUAAAACUAACGAAUCUAAAGACAUGACCGGCACACAAUUAAUACAGCAACGGGAUAUUAAAAAACCCAUGUAUAGGAAACCAUUGAUGUUACCAGUACGUCCUGAAACUGCAUUUAUUGACAUGGUUCCUAGUUACAAUUCUCUUUCACUCAAAUCAACACGGCAUGAGCGACGCGAUACUCGACGAAACGCGAAACUCGGCAACUCAUCAAGUCUACAAACUCAAACUGCCAAGACCACUUCAAAAAAGAUGGCGGUACACGCUAAAAAACAAAAUGAAGCCGUACAAACUCAGCUUGAUGAGACCUUCAUUGUCAAUAAUACUGGAACACAACUUCCUGCACCACUUUUACUUGAAAUCAAUGCUGAUCAUGCACAAGGUGUGGUGACAGAGCAAAUUGAAAACAACUCGACUCAAAUCAAAAAACAAGAUACUUUGCAUACUACUACCAAAGAUGACAGUCAAAUAAACCAUCUUAUUGAUACUCGAAAAGUGGGGAAAUUAAACGGCUCGGAACUCGAUGUUGGAGCAAUUUACAAUACAAUGGCAUAUAUCUCUCGAUGUCGACGAACGACAUAUGGCAAGUCCAAUCGGUUACAUUUCCUCAAAGCCAUGUUUGAUACUGUUACUUCAAAAUCAGCUUGUCCCGUUUAUCCAGCUGCACACCAUGGGUAUGGUGAAGCCAAAAAGCUUAUGCUAGGAUCGUCAAUAACAGAAUCUGCUAAAAAUAUUCAUACAUUAACCAACAAAUCUGAUGUUGAAGCUCAAACUAUUUCAAAUGUUUUUCCAACAUUGGCUCCAGCAUCUACAGUGGAUAUUAAAUUGAAACAAUCUAUCCCAAUUGAUCCAGAAGCACCGAAAAGUAUCAGAGAUGUUAUAGGAAUACAAGGAGGAAAUUGGAGAUCCCAAAGGCAAGCAAUAUCAUUUAUUCACAAUUGA